UACACAAGGACUAAACUCAAAACUGGCAAAGGAAAUAUUGGUAGUGAAAGCUUAUUUUAAAAGCUUACUCAAAGACGAAAAACCCUAGCCAAUUAUCUACGAGUUAAUUAGUUACGGCUUAUUUUACAUUCACAACUCGUUCAAACCGCAGCCGCGAAUACACGAUGCAUUUUUUUUUGUUGUCAUACAACACGUCACGGCUUACGACAAAGCAACGUGUAUCAUCACUUCGAGAUAAGCCUACAGGAAACUAUAGAAGGUCUAUAUAAAGUGUUUGCUGCCGCCGCUUCAAGCAUACCGCCAGCAAACGCUACAUAGAGCUGUAGUUACCUUCAGUUGAACUCUUCGUGGUAUAGUUAACGAUGAUCAAACUUGUGGUGGUAAUAUUGGGGGCGUUGGUGGCGCUGGCGGCGGCAAAGCAAUUCGAGAAGUGCGAGCUAGUACGAGAGCUCAGGAAGCAAGGCUUCCCCGAACUCCAGAUGAGAGACUGGGUGUGCCUGGUGGAGAAGGAGAGCGGUUUCCGCACGGACGCGAUCGGCAAGCUGAACGGAGACAACUCCUGGGACCACGGGCUCUUCCAGGUCAACGACCGCUACUGGUGCACGCGCGACGGUCCACCCGGCCUCGAGUGCAACGUCUCUUGCACAGCACUACGCACGGACGACAUCACCGCGGCGGCGACCUGUGUGAAGAAGAUUUACGCGCGCCACGGCUUCGGCGGCUGGACGGCCUGGAAGGUGCACUGCCAGGGAACCAAGCCCGAUAUCUCCAACUGCUAGAUGCUCUAUAUAUAGACACACAUCAAACGCUUAAUUUAAAACAUUUAUUUAUAAUAUAAUCCACAAAAACUCCGUCGCCUUGCAGCUUGAAGAUUUACUUUUCUCAAAAGUUAAUUUUUAUUUACGUCCGAGCGUAUGUUGCGACCAGGGAUGACCAUUAGAAUAGAUAACUAGACUUAUCGACGACAACGUAGGACCUACCUGCUAAGGUAAAUUACCAAAGUUGUCACUCUCUUCAUUUCUUUGUUGCAAUAUAAUAAAUAACUAGCCAAGGAAUUAGCUGGAGUUUCUGAAGAGCUUAACUUUGGGUAUUGAGUGGGUAUCUCCAUUAGGUACCUGUUUACACAUAAACUAUUCAGAUUUUUUUCACGAAUAAAAAUUAAGUAUCUGUUUAUACA